AUGGCGGCGGCCGAGGCCGAGGCGCGAGGAGCUUGGUGUGUGCCUUGCCUAGUUUCACUUGAUACUCUUCAGGAAUAUUGUAGAAAAGAAAAGCUCACAUGUAAAUCGAUUGGAAUCACCAGAAGGAAUCUAAACAAUUAUGAGGUGGAAUACUUGUGUGACUACAAGGUAUUAAAGGAUAUGGAAUAUUAUCUUGUAAAAUGGAAAGGAUGGCCAGAUUCUACAAAUACUUGGGAACCCUUACAAAAUCUCAAGUGUCCGUUACUGCUUCAACAAUUCUCUAAUGACAGGCAUAAUUAUUUAUCUCAGGUAAAAAAAGGCAAAUCAGUAAUUUCAAAAGACAAUAAUAAAGCUUUGAAACCUGCUGUUGCUGAGUACAUUGUAAAGAAAGCCAAACAAAGGAUAGCUCUGCAGAGAUGGCAAGAUGAACUCAACAGAAGAAAGAAUCAUAAAGGAAUGAUAUUUGUUGAAAAUACUGUUGACUUAGAGGGUCCACCUUCAGACUUCUUCUACAUUAAUGAAUACAAACCAGCUCCUGGGAUCAGCUUAGUCAAUGAAGCUACAUUUGGUUGUUCAUGCACAGAUUGUUACUUUGAGAAAUGUUGUCCUGCUGAAGCUGGAGUUCUUUUGGCUUAUAAUAAGAACCAGCAAAUUAGAAUCCCACCUGGUACCCCCAUCUAUGAAUGCAACUCAAGGUGCCGAUGUGGACCUGAUUGUCCCAAUAGGAUUGUGCAAAAAGGCACGCAGUAUUCACUUUGCAUCUUUCGAACUAGCAAUGGCUGUGGCUGGGGUGUAAAAACCCUUAUGAAGAUUAAAAAAAUGAGUUUUGUCAUGGAAUAUGUUGGAGAGGUAAUCACAAGUGAAGAAGCUGAAAGACGGGGGCAGUUAUAUGACAACAAAGGAAUCACAUAUCUCUUUGAUCUGGAUUAUGAAUCUGAUGAAUUCACAGUGGAUGCAGCCCGAUAUGGAAAUGUGUCUCAUUUUGUGAAUCACAGUUGUGACCCAAAUCUUCAGGUGUUCAAUGUUUUCAUCGAUAACCUCGAUACUCGUCUUCCCCGAAUAGCAUUAUUUUCCACAAGAACCAUAAAUGCUGGAGAAGAGCUGACAUUUGAUUAUCAAAUGAAAGGUUCUGGAGAUGUAUCUUCAGAUUCUAUUGACCAUAGCCCUGCCAAAAAGAGGAUCAGAACUGUAUGCAAAUGUGGAGCUGUGACUUGCAGAGGUUACCUCAACUGAAUUUUCAGGAAAUAGAGCUGAUGAUAAUUGUAGUCCCCCCCACCAAUGUUACACUUUAAAAAAAUAAGUAUUUGGGACUCUUUCUUACUAUCAGGAUUAUACUUAUGUUAAUUUACAAUUCACGUUUCAAGACAUUUGCCAAAUAUAUUACUGUUGCUUCUGAAGAGGACACAGGGUCACGUAACCGAAUUUAAAGUAUACAUAUUUGGUGGUUUGACAUCAAACAUGGAAGACAAACUAUGGCUCAGCAUGUGUAUACUUAUGAAGUCUGUGUGAACAGAGAAGUGCUCCCUUCACUGUUUGAAAAGUGUUAAAAUGAUAAGGUAAUGAAUGCUGAGAUGAAAAAUUCAUCUUGCCUUAUACCUUGGUUUCAAAGAAAUAGUUGAAUUUGGGCUGUAUACAAGUUCUAUUUUUGUUACUAUAUUCCUAUUUAAUACCCACUGGUCUUGUUUUGAGACAAAUAGGUGAUACUGAAUUUUUUUACUCUAAUUUUCUACUUUUUCAUUAAAACCUUGGCAUUUUCAUGAUAUAAAAAUUAAGGUAUAAAAUUAAAUGUAAAAA